CACUAGUUUCUUCUUCUGUCGCCUGUUAGCAGAGACACAAUUUGUAAGCUGUUUAGCUUCAGCUUCAGAUCCCAAAAUGUAUUUUGGAUUUUGUUUGAGAGUGCUUGUGCUCUCACUGUUGACUCUCGGGCAGGAUGCAAAUGCACUCGGUGAGAGAAGAGGAGGCUCCAGUGGCAUUGAGCCUCUCUUUGAAUACACAAGCAACCACAAACUAGUGCUUCCUUCUGAUAUUGAGAGCUCUGCACAGGCUGGAAGGUUUAUAGGUAGUUCUGGAUCCAGUCACAGUGCAGGUGGGCAAGUGGAAAGGUACAGUCCAGAGGGAAGUGUUUCUAGUUACGGCUCCAACCCCAAUGCGAAAGGUGUCAUCCAGACGAAAGCUGGCGUGUGGGAUUACGUCUCACCUGAAAAUGGAAAAAGAUUUGUCUCUGGUAUUGCUUCAAGUGGGAGAAUUGUUAUGAAACCAGGUCCUCGGCCCCCUUCCGAGCCCAAGCCAUCAGUCUACCAGCUAUCCGUCUACCAGCCCAAGCCCCUGCAGCCCCGCUACCUGUCCAAGCCCCAGCAGCCCCGCUACCCAUACUCGUCCAAGCCCCAGCAGGCCGUCUACCAGCCCAAGCCCCAGCAAGUGGGGAUUCAAAUCCAACCUGGCAUGUCAGAGUUAUUUUCUCCCACUGGAGGGGUUUCUGGUCAUAAUAUGCCGCCUAUCAACUUAAACGUACAAAUGACUGUUCCUCCAAGAACAAGACACAUUCCAAUGUCAUCCCAACAACGUCCCAGGUGGCAGCACUCCAUGGUUCCGGUGUGAAAAUGCAACCAUUGACCUAAAGGAUCCCCGCUGUUCCUGACCACGUUCUGAAAGCAGUCCGUCCUGACAUCAACCAUUUUGUGACGUUCAAUAAAAU